GAAGGCCUGCGCCCGCGCGCUCCAGUGCAAGCCACGACGCCGUUCCGUGCGCUUCGUACGAGCGAGACUUACGAGACUCUUCGCUAUUUACAUUUCCUACCAAAUAUUCGAAAGUAAACAGAACGUAUCGGUGUUACACAGUGUUACAGUGUGCUGUUGCUUGUGGUUGUGUUUUGUUUUGUCUCGGACUGUCCAGUGAUUCUUUUUGUAUAGAGAAAACUAUUGUAUUUUAUAACAGCUUGCAACCGUUGGAGUAACUGUAAGACGUCCGUGAAUGCCGCGCCGCAUGGAUGGCGAGGCACGCCUGGCGGUCGCUCGCCCUCCUGUUGGCGGGUACCACCCUUGUUCUAGCUAAAUAUGCAGAACUAGAGUCAUGGCGGGGCAACGGAAGACCAGUGACGGACGCCCAGGAGGCUGAAGACGAGAGACAUGAUGCAGAGAUGCUCGCCGCUGUUCGGGCCUCCUUGCACCAGUGGGAGAUCAAGAAAUCGCGCACAAGGACCAAGAGAUCACAAGGGAGUGUUUGCUAUGGCGACUUUGGGUGUUUUGACGACACGGGCCCGUUCGCAUACUUGGAGACUUUGCCGAGUUCACCGCAGGAAGUCGGAACUAAUUUCCUCCUAUACUCUACAACCAGCAGAGGGGACCAGCCGCUGGUAGCAGUGUCAGCCAGUAACAUCUCCGCCGCGUGGCACUGGGCGGCGCGCGCCUUCGACACGGCGCGCCCCACGCGCGUUAUCGUGCACGGCUUCGGCUCCAACUGCGACAACGUGUGGGUGUACGAGAUGCGCUCCGCACUGAUGGCGGUGGAAGAAUGCAACGUAAUCUGUGUGGACUGGGAAGGUGGGGCGUCCAUGCCGAAUUACCUCCGCGCCGCAGCCAAUACUAGGCUGGUCGGAAAACAGCUCGCUAUGUUGUUAGAAGGUUUAGGUCAACACAUUGAUAUGAAAUUCGAAGAUGUUCAUCUGAUCGGAUUCAGUCUCGGAGCUCACGUGGCUGGGUUUGCUGGCUCCGAAUUGAAAAAUAUAAGUCGAAUUACAGGUUUGGAUCCAGCCGGUCCGCUCUUCGAGUUUCAAGACCCAAGAGCUCGGCUGGACCGUUCGGACGCCAAGUUCGUAGACGUCAUUCACUCGAACGGAGAGACCUUGAUACUGGGCGGGCUGGGCGCCGCCCAGCCGCUGGGGCACGUCGACUUCUACCCUAACGGAGGUCGCGUCCAACACGGCUGCUCUAAUUUGUUCGUAGGAGCUGUGUCGGACUUGGUGCUGCCGUGGGCGGGUGCGUCACCCGAAGGUCGCUCGCUGUGCAACCACCGGCGUGCGUACAAAUUCUUCACAGAUUCCGUGUCGCCUAAAUGCCAUUUCCCCGCCUUCCCUUGCUCAGAUUAUGACACAUUUGUCGAGGGUAAAUGCUUCCCGUGUGACGGUGAUCGUCGCUGCGGCAACAUGGGCUACUACGCCGACCGUUCGCUCGGCCGUGGACAGCUGUAUCUUCUUACCAGAGAAGAGGAACCAUUCUGCGCCCACCAAUACCACGUGGCGCUUUGGGGCGGGCACGAGGUCGGAGAGAAGCCCAACUACGGUCGCGUCACACUCACACUGCACGGUGACUCCGGACUGAACGAAUCUUUUCCCAUGACUAAACGAGAGGAAAGUCCUCGGGCCGUCCGCUUCGGUCGCGUCCUGGUGCCGCACCCCGCACUGGGCGUGCCGCUGCGCGCGUCCCUGCACUACGCCGCAUACAACGGCUGGCUCAGCGCCGGCUUGAGGGCUAUACGCUUCGACAAACUCCUUAUCACCGACAGCUUUGGAAAGACAUCAUCGUUUUGCAAAGCGUUGCGGUUGGUAUCGGAUGAAACUAUCCAAAUACCGCUGUACCCAGGCGAUUGUCAAAUACAAGAGGUCGUCGAAUCGAAUAACGCCACAAACGGAGAAUCCGCUAACGACAAAUUGAACGCAACAACCGCCGCUGCCGUUGACCCUCAUGAUAAUGAAUUGCCUGAGGACUUGCCGCAGAGGCAAUUCAUACUAGCCGAUGACUGGGAAGAAACCGCAGAUACAGGUCGGGCUUUCGGCAUGACCAACACAAAGACUGCGCCCAGUGGAAUCAUAGAAAUCGCUGAACCAGUAUUACGGCCACGACCGCGUAAGGCGCCAAGGCAACGCUCCGACUCUACAGACAACGUCCACGAAAUUUCAGAGCCUCUGCUGCGAGCCACGCAACCUCCUCGCACAACUACCCUACCACCAUCCCGAAAACCUAAAAACUACGACAUAUCUACUCCAUCUAGCAAAGAAGCGUGGAAUGAAAGAGCCGAAAAAGAACAAACCAGUUUUGCCGUGCAAUUUUUACCAGCUCGCUUAGCAUCUUUCAUCACAAGAGCUGAGCGUUACGCUAGAGACACUCUUUUACCGCUAGUGUCAGCGUACGCUCCGCGUUUACCAAUAUUCGGAUCUCGCGAAGUUCCAAAAACCACCGCACGCUAUAUUCCCACAGAAGACGCCAACGUAACCAGUUCCGUGCCGAUACCGACGCCGACGCUCGAAAUGAAGAUUGAGUCGCUUCGAAUAUUAGGCCCUCCAGGUGAGAAACGUGAAUUUGAGACACCAGAGGAUCCUGACAUACCAGUUGUUAUUUCGACAACGACGACCACCUCGUCAACAACGCCAACGACGACCACGACAGAGAUGGAUUUAAGGGUAGCUCCAAAAGAGAUGUUGCAAGUAGUCGAAGGGCCCGCAGCAUCGACUAGCACGGCGCUUCCACCGGUGGCUUUACGGAGCGAAGGGGAGAAAAUAUUAAUAGUAUAUCCGAUCAACGCAAGGGACGAGAGAAAAAUCAAAUCUCACUCGUUCCCUGAAGAGAUGCAGUUCGAAGCUCUGUACAGACACACGGCAGACCCAACGGCGGUGAGGGUCGACCUGCCCACGUUCACUCCGCCUACUUCCACAGAUGAACCUCCACAAUCCGGUGUUUCAACAUCAAGUGUCAAACCAUCGGAAUCUCGAUACUUUCCCCUCCCAUAUUCCAAUAACCCAGAUGAUCAACAAAAACCUAAAGUGAGCCGAAGAUGAAACAGUACAGUCUAAUAUAAUAUCCAAUGU